UGAAAGUUCUAUGAUCGGAGUGACCGGUGCAGUACUAGACAGCUGGAACAUACAAAUAAGAAGCCUGAGUUACGUGUACAUGUGGCCAUUUCACCAUCUUUGUGUCUGCAUUGUGGAUGUGCAUGAGACAGACUCCUUCAGAGAUGUGAAGUGACGAUAGAUAACUAUGUAUUAACAGUGCUGUACAAGAUUCCCUGACUCGAGAUGCCUGCGGGUGUGUACUAUUCAGUGCCGUACUGUGCCAUUUUUGUUUUGCCGAUUCUUCUAAUGGAUGUGCCAGCUGUGGAGGGAUAUGUGUGUGCAUACACAAACAGUACCCCCAACACUACCAUGAUCUUUGAUGACCUGCCAUCAAUGUUUGGCUAUCAGCUACUAAGGGAGGGGCUGCAGGGUUAUUUGGUAUUUGCCAAGCCUGAUAAUGCCUGUGAACCUAUUGCACCACCACCUUCAAAUACCACCAGCCUUGAUUUUAUCGUUAUGAUUCGCAGAUAUGGAUGCAAUUUUGACGUCAAGGUGCUUCAGGCACAGCAGGCUGGGUAUAAGGCAGCGAUCGUGCACAAUGUCGACUCGGAUCAGCUGCUCAGCAUGCACUGGAGCAGUGAGGAGAUCAGACAUCAGAUAACAAUCCCAUCAGUUUUCAUCGGGGUCCGUGCUUCCCAGCUCCUAAAGUCACUGUUCACUUAUGACAAAGGUGCAUAUAUUGUAUUGAUGCCAGACUUCAACUUCCCAUUGGGAUAUUACCUCAUUCCCUUCACUGGUGUGGUUGGAAUUGUGAUUGCCGUUAUGAUCACUGUCAUGAUAGUGAGAUGUGUGCAGUAUCGGCGCAGAAUCCGGACAAGCCGACUGUCAAAAGAGCAGCUGAAGAAAAUUCCAGUCCAUAAAUUCAACAAAGGGGAUGGAUAUGAAGUCUGUGCAAUCUGUUUGGAUGAGUAUGAGGAGGGUGACAAACUUCGAAUAUUACCCUGCUCACAUGCAUACCACUGUAAAUGUGUGGACACCUGGCUAACACAGACAAAGAAGACCUGCCCUGUUUGCAAGCAACGUGUUCUGCGUUCUACUGGUGACUCUGAGUCUGGAUCUGAUAUGGAAGAUUACCAUGAAGAUGAUGAGCAUCAAUCGGAGCGCACACCACUACUCCACGCAGCUUCAUCCUCUGCUACGCACUCAUUUGGCUCCAUGACCAAUUCCCUCACACAGCACAGCAGGGACCACUCAUCAGAUUCCAGUCAGGAUGGUGACAAUGGUGCCUAUGCUGAGGGGGUGGAAAUUCCAGACCACAACCAGGAGAAUCAAAGUCACUCUUCAAUCACUACAGGAUCUGGGUCUGAGCCUAACCUCAAUCCUGGGCAUGUUUUUAAUGUGUAGUUAGGAACCUUGGGCUUUGUACUGUUCUAAUCUGUAAAACUGUAAUCAUUGUGUGACUGCAGCUCAAAUAGGGCUUUAUUUAGAACUUUUUGGGGGAACAUUUAAAAUACAUAUUUUAAGUGUUAACGGGGAGGUUCUGCUGUUGAUGAACAGGGAGUACAAGAUUUGAUUGCACAUGGGUGUGUUGCUUGAUACCAACAGAAUACAAACAGCCUCAACUCCCCUGUAACAAAUAGGCAUUCAGUAGUGGGCAGGGAAAGUGAUAGAUAGCUCAUUAAAUACCAAUGUGAAGAAACUUUCUCUUCCAUGUUCUGUAAAAUGAGCAUGAAAUUAAAAAGCACAACUACCUGGAGCCCUUGCUUGUACUAUACUCCAAUCCCCUGUCUGGUCCUAUACUACAAUCCCUUGUCUGGUCCUAUACUACAAUCCCCUGUCUGGUCCUAUACUCCAAUCCCUUGUCUGGUCCUACACUACAGUCCCCUGUCUGCUCCUACACUACAAUCCCCUGUCUGGUCCUAUACUACAAUCCCGUGUCUGGUCCUAUACUACAAUCCCGUGUCUGGUCCUAGACUACAAUCCCGUGUCUGGUCCUAUACUCCAAUCCCUUGUCUGGUCCUAUACUACAAUCCCCUGUCUGGUCCUGUACUACAAUCCCGUGUCUGGUCCCGUACUACAAUCCCGUGUCUGGUCCCAUACUACAAUCCCCUGUCUGGUCCUAUACUCCAAUCCCUUGUCUGGUCCUACACUACAGUCCCCUGUCUGCUCCUAUACUACAAUCCCCUGUCUGGUCCUAUACUACAAUCCCGUGUCUGGUCCUAGACUACAAUCCCGUGUCUGGUCCUAUACUCCAAUCCCUUGUCUGGUCCUACACUACAGUCCCCUGUCUGCUCCUAUACUACAAUCCCCUGUCUGGUCCUAUACUACAAUCCCGUGUCUGGUCCUAGACUACAAUCCCGUGUCUGCUCCUAUAGUACAAUCCCCUGUCUGGUCCUAUACUACAAUCCCGUGUCUGGUCCUAUACUACAAUCCCGUGUCUGGUCCUAUACUCCAAUCCCUUGUCUGGUCCUAUACUACAAUCCCCUGUCAGGUCCUAUACUACAAUCCCCUGUCUGGUCCUAUACUCCAAUCCCUUGUCUGGUCCUAUACUACAAUCCCGUGUCUGGUCCUACAUUACAAUCCCGUGUCUGAUCCUACACUACAGUCCCGUGUCUGGUCCCAUACUACAAUCCCGUGUCUGGUCCCAUACUCCAAUCCCUUGUCUGGUCCUAUACUACAAUCCCCUGUCUGGUCCUAUACUCCAAUCCCUUGUCUGGUCCUAUACUACAAUCCCCUGUCUGGUCCUACACUACAAUCCCCUGUCUGGUCCUACACUCCAAUCCCUUGUCUGGUCCUAUACUACAAUCCCCUGUCUGGUCCCAUACUACAAUCCCGUGUCUGGUCCUAUACUCCAAUCCCUUGUCUGGUCCUAUACUACAAUCCCCUGUCUGGUCCUAUACUACAAUCCCGUGUCUGGUCCUAUACGCCAAUCCCUUGUCUGGUCCUAUACUACAAUCCCCUGUCUGGUCCUAUACUACAAUUCCCUGUCUGGUCCUAUACUCCAAUCCCUUGUCUGGUCCUAUACUACAAUCCCCUGUCUGGUCCUACACUACAAUCCCCUGUCUGGUCCUAUACUCCAAUCCCUUGUCUGGUCCUAUACUACAAUCCCCUGUCUGGUCCCAUACUACAAUCCCGUGUCUGGUCCUAUACUCCAAUCCCUUGUCUGGUCCUAUACUACAAUCCCCUGUCUGGUCCUAUACUACAAUCCCCUGUCUGGUCCUAUACUACAAUCCCCUGUCUGGUCCUAUACUCCAAUCCCCUGUCUGGUCCUACACUACAAUCCCGUGUCUGGUCCCAUACUACAAUCCCGUGUCUGGUCCCGUACUACAAUCCCGUGACUGGUCCCGUACUACAAUCCCGUGUCUGGUCCUAUACUCCAAUCCCUUGUCUGGUCCUAUACUACAAUCCCGUGUCUGGUCCUAUACUCCAAUCCCUUGUCUGGUCCUAUACUCCAAUCCCUUGUCUGGUCCCAUACUACAAUCCCGUGACUGGUCCCAUACUCCAAUCCCGUGUCUGGUCCUAUACUCCAAUCCCCUGACUGGUCCUACACUACAAUCCCGUGUCUGGUCCCAUACUACAAUCCCGUGACUGGUCCCAUACUCCAAUCCCGUGUCUGGUCCUAUACUCCAAUCCCCUGACUGGUCCUACACUACAAUCCCGUGUCUGGUCCCAUACUCCAAUCCCGUGUCUGGUCCCAUACUCCAAUCCCGUGUCUGGUCCCAUACUCCAAUCCCUUGUCUGGUCCUAUACUCCAAUCCCCUGACUGGUCCUACACUACAAUCCCGUGUCUGGUCCCAUACUACAAUCCCUUGUCUGGUCCUAUACUCCAAUCCCUUGUCUGGUCCCAUACUACAAUCCCGUGUCUGGUCCCAUACUCCAAUCCCUUGUCUGGUCCCAUACUACAAUCCCGUGUCUGGUCCUAUACUCCAAUCCCUUGUCUGGUCCUAUACUCCAAUCCCCUGACUGGUCCUACACUACAAUCCCGUGUCUGGUCCCAUACUACAAUCCCGUGUCUGGUCCUAUACUACAAUCCCGUGUCUGGUCCCAAACUACAAUCCCGUGUCUGGUCCCAUACUACAAUCCCGUGUCUGGUCCUACACUACAAUCCCGUGUCUGGUCCCGUACUACAAUCCCGUGUCUGGUCCCGUACUACAAUCCCGUGACUGGUCCUGUACUCCAAUCCCGUGACUGGUCCUAUACUCCAAUCCCGUGUCUGGUCCUAUACUCCAAUCCCUUGUCUGGUCCUAUACUACAAUCCCUUGUCUGGUCCCAUACUCCAAUCCCUUGUCUGGUCCCAUACUCCAAUCCCGUGACUGGUCCCAUACUCCAAUCCCGUGUCUGGUCCUAUACUCCAAUCCCUUGUCUGGUCCUGUACUCCAAUCCCUUGUCUGGUCCUGUACUCCAAUCCCUUGUCUGGUCCCGUACUCCAAUCCCGUGUCUGGUCCCGUACUCCAAUCCCUUGUCUGGUCCCGUACUCCAAUCCCGUGUCUGGUCCCGUACUACAAUCCCGUGACUGGUCCCGUACUACAAUCCCGUGUCUGGUCCCGUACUACAAUCCCGUGUCUGGUCCCGUACUACAAUCCCGUGUCUGGUCCCGUACUACAAUCCCUUGUCUGGUCCCGUACUCCAAUCCCUUGUCUGGUCCCGUACUACAAUCCCGUGUCUGGUCCUAUACUGCAAUCCCUUGUCUGCAAGCUAUAAUCAUCUAGAACUGAACUACACCCCAUUGCUUUGUUUCUGUUCUUAGCCUGAAAAUUAUCUGGUAUAGUAUAUAUGCUUCCUAAUUACGUAGAGACCUUCUGAUGUCUGAAAUCUGAACCCUGAAACACGGCUGGGAGCUAUUGGUACUGGCAGUGUCUCCCAAAGUUAUUCUGAUGUGACGUUGGGAAGGUGACCACAACAAUAUUUGUAAUGUUCAUAGUUUCCUUUUUAUACUAAAUUUUGUAAUCUUGCUCAGCAGAAUGUUCUCUGGUUACAAUUGUGAAAUUAAUUGAGCAGGCAGUUAUUGAUAAAUUGUGAUAAUGCGGAAGACAGGCUGCUGAAGGGGGAAUGAAACCAGAAUCAUCGACAAUAGAAAUGAUGUCGUCCUAGCUGUCUGUUGUAAUCAUUUCCACUGUUCUGGUUUAUUUUUGCUGCUGUGACUGUUUCCUCAUUUACCAAUGAUGGCUGUACGGAGAUGAGCAACUGUGUCCAGAAGCUGGCAUUCCAGACUGCUACCUGUUGAUCUUUCACCCUGAAUUACAGUCUUUCACUGACAAUAAAUAUGCUGAUGUAA